AUGGCAUACUCUGAGUCAGGAGCUAUUAAGAAACUGCAAGAGCUUGACAACUCACAAACUUCUGUGGAAACUACUUCACAGUGGUUUCUGAACAAUAAACAAAUGGCUAAGGACCUAGUGAAACUAUGGUUUAAAGAGUUUCGAAAAACUUCUCCGAAAAAGAAAAUCGCUUUCUUGCACCUUGCAAAUGAUAUCAUACAAAGAGGAAUUACAGAUGCUCCACAAUUCAAAAAGCUAUUUGAACCAGUUUUACCCACAGCAUUUAAAGAAACAUCAAAAGUUCAGCGUCAUUCGGUGCGGGCGUCUGUUGCUCACCUGCUAAUUGUAUGGGCUACUCGUCGUGUCUACUCAAAAAGUUUCUUGAGGCAGUUACGUUUCAUAUGUCAACGAGCAGUUGCUGAAGCUGACACUCCAGAUGCUAAUGAAGAGAUUAAACGUAACAUCAUUGCUGCCUCCCCGUUUGCUUUCUCAUUCACGGCAGUUCUAUUAAAUUCAACAGCAUCAGGUACUCAAGAGUCUUCAGUUAAUCCACUUCAAACUCCGAAAUUGAAUAACAUGGAUAGUUGUAAACGACGCCGUUCUUCAACAAAAGAUAUAUCAAUGGCUCCUAUGUCAUUUGAUCCUGAAAGUUGUGAAAGCAGCAACAUAUCGCGUAAUUCAAUUUCAGCAUUCCGUGAAGAGUUAGAUCUAGAAUUACAAACUGAAGCUACUCAACCUCCAAAGGUUGAAGAACUUAUUCAACUUCUAGAAACUCUGCAAUCAGCUGCUUCCGCCGACGCUGCUACACGUCGUGAAAUAGCUCAGUUCCCACCGGAGGUUUCCGAUGCAAAUAAAGCAGUUGAAAUUAUUAAAUCCUCCUCUGAACAAGAACAACAAGAAUUGAUUGAACGUAUCGGUAAAUGCUCCUGUCGACUAGACGAUUACAAUCAACUGUUAGAAGAAGAAACUACUAAAAGAAAUCAGUUAGCCCUUCAACUUCGUGCCUUUCAUAGUCAUUUAAAAGAAAGAAUUAUUCAGGCCAAGUCAGAACUUGAUGAUUUGAAAAUUAAAUUAGAGCAUGGUCAGUCGUUAAAGAAUGAAUUGAAUAAACACAUCUUAAAUCUCCCCGACUUACAUCUCCUACCUGAUAUGACAAAUUUCGGUUUAGAUCCAUUACCAACAGUCGGCGACUUGUUUGGUUAG